AUGGCGCCGAAGAAGCGGAAGCUGCCAAGCACCCGAGCCAGGACCCAGCGCGUGGUCGAGCGGGACGUGCUCACCGAGCGCGUGCCAGACUUCGUUAGGUCUUCCAGGGACGCGGCAGAAUGUCUUUGUGGCGCUUGCUUGCUGCCCAUCGAGGAGGAGAAGGUUGGAGCGAUCGACAACUGCACACAUCUUUUCCACUACGAGUGUGUCGAGAAGUGGUCGCAGACAGAGAACAGCUGUCCACAAUGCAAAGUGCGUUUCUUCUGGAUGGCAGGUUAUGGGGCGGAUCAGAGACUUUCCCUGAGCAAGGUGGAAAGCAAAGAUCAGGAAGAGCAGGAGGAGGAGGAGUUCGAAGAGAUUUCCAUUUGCGAGCGAUGCAAGGAGGCAGGAGACGAAACAAAGCUUUUGCUUUGCGAUGGGAUGCACGGCACGUGCAAUGCCACCUUCCAUUACACCUGCGUAGGGCUCUCUGCAGUGCCUCGAGGCUCCUGGUUUUGCCCAGACUGCCUGGAGCGCGGCUUCGACGUGGACGCAAGAGGCCACCGCGGCGGUGGCCGCGGCGUGCGCAGCGACGUGGCCGCGGUGACUUCCGUGCCGCGGGCGGAGACGGCGGUGGAGCCCAAUUCUCUCAGCAAGCGAAAGCGCCGGCGCGUGUGGUGGCGUGCUUGGACCACAGCCACCACACCCGGGCGGCCGAUGUCGGGGCUGCACCGCUUGGGCGUGGACGUGAACCCCUUUGGCUCCAAGUACCAGGAGCGCUUCGGCGGCCACGCGGCAGGGCAAGGCCAGAGGACCUAUACGAAGCCCUCCUACACGCUCUUCGUCACGGGCAUCCCCGAUGCCGAGUCCUCGGACAGCGUCCAGUCCGUCUUCGAGUACGACGACGGCUUCUUGCAGUGCCGGCCGGUGGGCCACAAGUCUCGGAGGAUGGUCUUCGUGGACUACGAUACGAUUGAGCACGCCACGAAGGCCCUCCGAGCGCAUCAGGGCUGGAAAUGGGAGCCGGUCGACGAAGGGCUGAAGAUUGACUAUGACCAGGAUGCGCGCCGGAAGCGGAACUGCGCUUUGGACCUGGGGCUUUACGAGAAGUUCUGGGCCAUCGGCGAGCGGAAGCCACCCCAGGUGUAUGAAACACUUCUCAAGACAUCCCUGAAAUCCCUCGCUAGCUUGAAGGAGAGCGAGAAGGAGAUGUUCGCUCGCUUGAAGGCGGAAGCAGACCUUCCAAAGACCGAGUCCAAGAUUUCAAAGGCACAUGGCCAGGCGAGCAAAGGUCGGGGCACUGGCAGUUUGGGUGCCAAGAUCCAAAUCAAGAACAAGGAGCCCAAGGAGACGGAGACGUCGGCGGCUGCACCGGGUGCGGCGACGGAGCCGGCGGCACCGAGUCUUCUUGUGAACUACAGCUCCGACAGCGAGGAGGAAGCUCCUGAGACUGCCACGAAGCGUCCGCGAGCGGAGUGAGGACGGACGAGGCGGAGUGAGGACGGCAGUAUCUGGAAGUCGGCUGGAAGAACGUGGAAGAGUUUGAUGAAGAACCCCUGCAUGGGAUUGGACUCAAAGCUUUUGAUCAAGCUGAGAUCGCCAAAGAUGACGUUGUUUUCGUUCAGCCCUGUCAGUGAGGGGUUGGCCUGUCCAAAAGGUGAAGUCGGCAAAGCCAGCACCUCUUGAGAAACCUCUUCUCUGCGGCAGUUCAUAGCGACGAUCGACUGCCGAACGACUUGAAACGAUGCAUGACGUCUCGAACGUUGCGACGGCCGGCUGGAGCUAAUUUGGACAUCUUUGGAACAUGGCGAUCGUUUCGGUCCGGACAUGGAGGACCUGUGACCUGUGUCCGCCUGCCAAAA